AUGGCGAAGUCUAGCACGGCCUUCAUAGACCUGCAGGCUACUGAGAUAGACCUGCAGCGGCUCCCCAAGUCUGGCCCCCCGGGCGGGAGGAGAGCCAGGGAAGGGCCCCCCCAGCCCCGCAAGAAGCUGCAGGUGAUGGUGUGCGUCCUCCUGGCCGAGCUGUGCGAGAGGUUCACCUUCUUCGGCAUCGUCUGCAACAUGAUCCUUUUCUGCACUGUCAAGCUGGGUUACGACAACUACCAGGCGGCCACCAUGAACCUGGCAUUUGUGGGCGGCAGCACCCUGACGCCCGUCUUCCUGGGCUGGUUUGCCGAGACUUGCCUUGGGAGGAACAAAGUCCUGUACCUGUGUGCUCUCCUGCACUUCUUUGGCACUGCCAUGCUGCCCGUGGUGGCCUUUCCCUUCGAGGAUUUCUACGUGGACACCCACCAUGUCACGCACGCUCUGGGUCGCCGGCACCAGCUCAUCCUCUUCUACACAGGGCUGCUGGCCGCCGCCCUGGGCCUGGGGGGCAUCCGUGCCAUCCUCUGCCCGCUGGGCGCCUACAACCUGCAAGGCCGUGACCAACACCAGCUACGAUCCUUCUUCAACUGGUUCUACUGGUGGGUGAACCUGAACUCGACCGUGGUGUUUCUGGGGAUCGCUUACAUCCAGCAGUCCAUCGCGAAGAACCUGGGCUUCCUCAUCCCGUUCACCUCCAUCCUGCUGGCCCUCAUCGCCAUUCACAUGGCGCGCAACAACCUCACCUUCUGCCCCAAAAAUGGUGGCUCCCUGCUGACCAUGAUGGGCGUGCUCCUCAACUCGCUGAAGAUGUGCUGCCUGCGCUACCGGCACCUGGGCGGCGAUGUGGCAGACUGCCUGGACCGCGCCAAGGAGAACAACGGAGGGCGCUACAGCGAGGCACACGUGGAGAGCGUCAAGGUCCUGGUGCGGCUUUUCCCGCUGUUCGGCCUGCAGCUGCUGUACCGCGCCUGUGUCACCCAGAUCCCCUCUAGUUACUACAUCCAGACCAUGAACUCCAACCUGAACCUGAAGGGCAACCUGCUGCCCAUUGCAGCCCUGAACGUUGCGGGCAUGGUGCCCGUGUUGGUGCUGACACCCCUGCUGGAGUGCGUCGCCGCCUGCUCCCUGUCGCUGCGCGGGAGGCCCCCCCCGGCCACCACCACACUCAUAGUGGCCGGACACGCAUGUGCUGCUGCGUCGGUGCUGGUGGCAGGUCUCUCAGAGCUCUGCAGGAAGGGCCAUCCCCUGGUGGAGCAGGCGCUCUUGGGCAAGGUGCUGCACGUCUCCUCCAUGGCCUGCUUCCAGCUGGCACCCCAGUACAUCUUGCUGGGGGUCGCCGAGGCUCUGGUCACACCUGCCUGUAAGAGCGCCCCCUACUGUCCACACCACAUACCACAAUUACACUAA